AUCAGGAGCUCCGAAGGUGCCUCAAAGGCCCGCCCCCCUUCCACUUCUCCCCCCCCUCCCUUUUCCCUCCUCCCCCCGCCCCCCCCACUGAAGUCCUGCGGACCUGGGGGCUUCGGGAUCUGGGCGCUAUGAAAAGUGUCUGCCCAGUCACUUCCGGUUUUUCUUCCCCCAAUCCCUCAGCUGCUGCUGCUGCUCAGGAGGUCAGAUCUGCCACUGAUGGUAAUACCAGCACCACUCCGCCCACCUCUGCCAAGAAGAGAAAGUUAAACAGCAGCAGCAGCAGUAGCGGCAGUAACAGUAGUAACGAGAGAGAAGACUUUGAUUCCACCUCUUCCUCCUCUUCCACUCCUCCUUUACAACCCAGGGAUUCGGCAUCCCCUUCAACCUCGUCCUUCUCCUGCCUGGGGGUUUCAGUGGCUGCUCCCAGCCACGUACCAAUACAGAAGAAGCUGCGUUUUGAAGACACCCUGGAGUUUGUAGGGUUUGAUGCGAAGAUGGCUGAGGAAUCCUCCUCCUCCUCCUCCUCAUCUUCACCAACUGCUGCAACAUCUCAGCAGCAGCAACUUAAAAAUAAGAGUAUAUUAAUCUCUUCUGUGGCUUCGGUGCAUCACGCAAACGGCCUAGCCAAAUCUUCUACCACCGUCUCUAGCUUUGCUAACAGCAAGCCUGGCUCUGCUAAGAAGUUAGUGAUCAAGAACUUUAAAGAUAAGCCUAAAUUACCAGAAAACUACACAGAUGAAACAUGGCAGAAACUAAAAGAAGCAGUGGAAGCUAUCCAGAAUAGUACUUCAAUUAAGUACAAUUUAGAGGAACUCUAUCAGGCUGUGGAAAAUCUCUGUUCUUACAAGAUUUCUGCUAACUUGUACAAACAGCUGAGACAGAUUUGUGAAGAUCACAUCAAAGCACAAAUUCAUCAGUUCAGAGAAGAUUCAUUGGAUAGUGUUCUUUUUCUAAAGAAGAUCGAUAGAUGUUGGCAGAACCACUGCAGACAAAUGAUAAUGAUCAGAAGCAUUUUUUUGUUUCUGGAUAGGACUUACGUUCUUCAGAAUUCAAUGCUACCCUCCAUUUGGGACAUGGGACUGGAGUUAUUCAGAGCUCAUAUUAUUAGUGAUCAGAAAGUCCAGAAUAAGACAAUUGAUGGCAUUCUUCUUUUGAUUGAGAGGGAAAGGAAUGGUGAAGCAAUUGAUAGAAGUUUACUCCGAAGCCUUUUAAGCAUGCUCUCUGAUUUGCAAAUUUAUCAGGAUUCUUUUGAACAACGAUUUUUGGAAGAAACUAACCGACUCUAUGCAGCUGAAGGCCAAAAAUUAAUGCAGGAAAGAGAGGUUCCUGAAUAUCUUCAUCAUGUUAACAAACGUCUAGAAGAAGAAGCAGACAGACUUAUUACUUACUUAGAUCAGACCACCCAGAAGUCAUUAAUUGCUACUGUAGAGAAACAACUUCUAGGUGAACACUUAACAGCAAUUCUUCAGAAAGGUUUAAAUAAUCUCCUUGAUGAAAACCGAAUUCAAGAUUUAUCUCUCCUAUAUCAACUCUUCAGUAGAGUUCGAGGAGGCGUUCAGGUUCUCUUGCAACAGUGGAUUGAAUACAUUAAGGCAUUUGGUAGCACUAUUGUAAUUAAUCCUGAAAAGGAUAAAACCAUGGUUCAAGAAUUACUGGAUUUUAAAGAUAAGGUUGACCAUAUAAUUGAUAUCUGUUUUCUGAAGAAUGAAAAAUUUAUCAACGCCAUGAAAGAAGCAUUUGAAACAUUUAUUAACAAAAGACCAAACAAACCUGCUGAACUUAUAGCUAAGUAUGUAGAUUCAAAGCUUCGUGCAGGAAACAAAGAAGCUACAGAUGAAGAACUUGAGAAAAUGUUGGAUAAGAUUAUGAUUAUAUUUAGAUUUAUCUAUGGCAAGGAUGUUUUUGAGGCCUUCUAUAAGAAAGAUUUAGCCAAGCGCCUUUUAGUUGGAAAGAGUGCAUCUGUAGACGCUGAAAAAUCAAUGCUGUCCAAACUUAAGCAUGAAUGUGGAGCUGCUUUCACCAGCAAACUUGAAGGAAUGUUUAAAGACAUGGAACUUUCUAAAGACAUCAUGAUUCAAUUCAAACAGUAUAUGCAGAACCAGAACGUACCUGGGAAUAUUGAAUUAACUGUGAAUAUCCUAACAAUGGGUUAUUGGCCAACAUAUGUGCCUAUGGAAGUCCAUUUACCACCAGAGAUGGUAAAACUUCAGGAGAUUUUCAAGACAUUUUACCUAGGUAAACAUAGUGGCAGGAAACUUCAGUGGCAAUCAACCCUAGGACAUUGUGUGCUAAAGGCAGAAUUUAAGGAGGGUAAAAAAGAACUCCAGGUCUCUCUUUUUCAAACACUGGUGCUGCUAAUGUUUAAUGAGGGAGAGGAGUUCAGUUUAGAAGAGAUCAAGCAGGCUACUGGAAUAGAGGAUGGAGAGUUAAGGAGAACACUGCAGUCAUUGGCCUGUGGCAAAGCUAGAGUUCUGGCAAAAAAUCCAAAGGGUAAAGAUAUUGAAGAUGGUGACAAGUUCAUUUGUAAUGAUGAUUUCAAGCACAAACUUUUCAGGAUAAAGAUCAAUCAAAUUCAGAUGAAAGAAACGGUUGAGGAACAAGCAAGCACUACAGAAAGAGUAUUUCAAGACAGACAGUAUCAAAUUGAUGCUGCAAUUGUUCGAAUUAUGAAGAUGAGAAAGACACUUAGCCACAAUCUCCUUGUUUCAGAAGUGUACAACCAGUUGAAAUUUCCAGUAAAGCCUGCUGAUCUUAAGAAGAGAAUAGAAUCCUUAAUUGACCGGGACUACAUGGAAAGAGAUAAAGAAAACCCAAACCAGUACAAUUAUAUUGCAUAAAAUGGCCUUGAAGCAUUUGGUGUCACAUGCAGUAGCCAGUGGAUAAACUAACCUGUUAUUAUUUGACUUCUUUUAUACUACCAAUGACCAAAUGAAGCAGUGUAAUGGAAAUAGUUGAGUGACUUUUCAGCGGUUAACAUGCCCAUUUAAAGAGUAAUACUUACCUUUAAGAAGAAUGUUGUUGAACUCUUUGCAUGUUAUUUAGUAUGAUGUGCAGGAAAUUCUUAAGAAAGUACCUGGUCUUCAUGAUUCCUAUUUGGAACUGGGGAAGAGGUCCCUAUGGCUAUUAAAAAAGGAGGAGGGGGGGUUCUUGUACACCAUUAAUUAUGAAGCAAACGGUUUAUUUGCUUAAAAUGUCAUUUAAAGAUACUUAAACUGCAUGCAAACUUUAUUUACUGUACAGAGUUCUGGAUGUAUUUAUCAAAUAGAAAAACCACCCUGGACUUGGUUGUUCACCUGUUUUGUGAUUUCCCUUGAAGAGAAAAAUAAGUUGUCAUCGCUGUUGGUAUUUUACUAAGUAAUGUUCUGUUACACUGAAAGGGAUGUUUUUUAAAAAGUUUAUUUGGAAACAAAUUUUCAACUAGAGGGACAGUUGCUUACAUAAUCUCUUGUAAAUACACAUCCUAAAAUGUUACAGUUAUGACUAUGGGAUGUGUGUAUAUGGCUCAGCCCUGAGUUUACUGUGCUGAUUAACAGGUACUUAUAAAAAUAGCUGAAAUGGAAAAUUGCUGAUCAGUUGUACUAGAAGAACAUGGUAGGAAAGAAAAAUCAAACUCUUCAUAUUAAAAAUGAAUACAAUAUGAACAUCAUAAAAGAGACCAAAACCCACAUGUUUAUAACUUUUUACAAGAGCAAAGAUUCAUAAACUAGUUUUCAACUUCCUUUAGACUUUAACGUUGCUUGGAGAGUUUUGUCUUUAACUUGGACCAAUUGUAGAUUGUUGCAGGCUUCCUGGGAUUUAGCAUUCCUAUUUUCUCUACCAAAGUUUUUUUUGAAAGCACCCAACUCUCCAUUUUGUUGGCAUAUAAGCCUUUUCCUAUCAUCCUUAUUUUAAUUUCCCAAACCCCUAGAUAGAACUAGAUCCUCCCUCAUCUCCCCUAUACACUCCCUAGUUGGGAAUUUCAAAUUCUGUAUUAUGCUGAUCAUAUUCCUUUCAAAAUUGCUUGAAGAGUUCUCUCAUAGCCACUGGACACCUACUGUUAAGGGGGAAUGUCCUAGGAUUGUUCAUACAUAGAAAAUAGCAAGAGUAUUGUUUUUCAAAUCGAUAAUGUGAGUAAAAGGCUUCUCUUUGCCAUCA